UGGAGGCGCUCCGCCCAGCGCGCCGUGCGCGGCCCCGCUGGCCCCGGAAGUGCUCCGGCCGCUGGGUUGACACGUCGCAGGGGCCGCGGUGGCGGGUGUGGGGCCGGGCCCGGAGGGGCUGCAGAUAACUGGCGAUGUCUGGGUUUGACAGCUUCAACACAGACUUCUUCCAGACGAGUUACAGUAUUGAUGACCAGACACAGGCCUACGACUACAGUGGGAGACCGUACAGCAAGCAGUAUGGAGGCUAUGAAUACUCUCAACAAAGUGGAUUUGUCCCUCCCGACAUGAUGCAGCAGCAGCAGCCUUACACAGGGCAGAUUUACCAGCCAACACAGACAUAUGCUCCAACUUCAGCACAGUCUUUUUAUGGAAGUAAUUUUGAGGAUGAGCCUCCUCUAUUAGAAGAAUUGGGGAUCAAUUUUGACCACAUCUGGCAGAAGACGCUAACGGUUCUCCACCCAUUAAAAGUAGCAGAUGGCAGCAUCAUGAAUGAGACUGAUUUGGCUGGACCAAUGGUCUUCUGUCUAGCUUUUGGAGCCACAUUAUUACUGGCUGGUAAAAUUCAGUUUGGUUAUGUCUAUGGAAUAAGUGCAAUCGGAUGUUUAGGGAUGUUUUGUCUCCUGAACUUAAUGAGCAUGACGGGUGUCUCGUUUGGCUGCGUUGCCAGUGUCCUUGGAUACUGUCUUCUUCCUAUGAUCCUACUUUCCACUUUUGCAAUUGUAUUUUCGUUGCAGGGAAUGAUGGGGAUUAUUCUCACAGCUGGGAUUAUUGGCUGGUGCAGCUUUUCUGCUUCCAAAAUCUUUAUUUCUGCCUUAGCAAUGGAAGGACAACAACUUCUAGUAGCAUACCCUUGUGCUUUAUUGUAUGGAGUCUUUGCUCUCAUUUCUGUGUUUUGAAUAGACUGUCCAAACUGUUGGACUCCAGUGGGCCAAAAUGAAAACAUCAACUUGGAACAUUUAGUUGGACCAGAAGCAGCUGCAAACAACUGUAUAGUGUUGCUAUCGCAAAACCUAGACCUGUUUUGAAUCAUCUGGAACAAUGAAAACAAGUAUCUUGUGUUGACUUUUUUAGGACUUUGAAUACUGUUUUCAAUUGACCUGAGGUGUCUAUAGCUUUACUAAGUGUUCAUGCUUAUCAAGUUAAUGUAAUUUCUUUCCCAUUCCUAUAUCUUUAGAAAAGUAACUUUUGGUUGUUUAUUUGAGGGUUGUGUUUUUUGUUUGUUUGGGGGGUGGGUGGGGUUUUGUUUGUUUGUUUGUUUGUGUUUGGGUUUUGUUGGGGGGUUUUUUGGGGGGUUGGUUUUUUGUUUUUUUUUUUAGGGGAGUGAGGGAGGGAGAAGGGUUGCAGUUAUAAAUUGAUAGAUUUUUUUAUCCGAAAACGUUAACAGAACUGCAGAUGCCAUAGAUUUGGGGUACUCUUUGAAUAAAUCUGCAGUAAUAUGGAACCCAUUUCCUGUCCCCUCUUACCAAAAGCAAAAUGCACAAAUGAACACAAGCAAUUAGAGAAUUUUCUGUAUUUUAACAAAUAUACUCUUAAGCUCUUUGGUCUCA